UCAAUCCUCAUAAUCCCAUAGGAAGCAUGAGACACUCCUCCCCGUGAUGUGUUGAGAAGAAGACUGGUGGGAGACAACAAUUAUCCGCGUAUCCUCACAUUAUAUCUAAAACAAAUAUUGUUUUUAAAACUAAAAUCGUACCGUUUACUGAAUCAUUCGGUUUGUACUAAAACUCCUGUGUCCCCUGGCUUGGAUGUCACUAUGUAGAGGACAGCCCCUUUGGGUACCCUGACUUCUUCGGUCUGUGUCCAAUGCGAGGAGCUGCAUGUGAGCCCUGUGCUGCGCGGUGCGGUCUGGGAGAUAACUGCUGUCUAGCGUGGCGGGCUCGGGCGCGUCGAACACUUGUCUCCUCCCCGGCUCAGCGGUGACGCUAACGGCAGAGCUAGCUCCCACUAGCCGGUAACAUCAGCGGCGGUUUCUCUGGUUGUCUGGUCAGUGGAGGAAGUGGCAGAUACUUCUGUUAAGUAGAAAAAUACAAAGGAACCCCACUCGGGAGCUGAAUGGCCACUGCUCUAGCAGUAAAAACCGAGAAGCGACCAGCAAAUGAUUCUCAGGAUGUAGACUCUAAUGCAAAGAAGCCCAGGAUGUGGAAAGCCCCAUCACUGGAACCAUCGUCACUGAAUAUCUUCCUGCCCCAAAGGAAACUGCUGCCUAGCCUGAAGACAAAGCGGGCCCCUGAGCUGGUCCUUGUAAUUGGCACAGGGGUGAGCUCCGCAGUGGCCCCCCAGGUCCCUGCGCUCCGUUCUUGGAAGGGUCUGAUCCAGGCCUUGCUCGACGCAGCCAAUGACUUUGACCUGCUGGAGGAGGAGGAGAGCCGUCGCUUCCAGAAGCACUUGCAGGAGGAUAAGAACUUGGUGCACGUGGCCCAUGACCUCAUCCAGAAACUGUCUCCGAGAACGGGCAACGUGCGCUCCACCUUCUUCAAGGACUGCCUGUACGAGGUGUUCGACAACCUGGAGUGCAAGAUGGAGCACGCGGGCAAGCACCUGCUGCGCUCCGUGCUGCAGCUGAUGGAGAGCGGCGCCCUCGUCCUCACAACCAACUUCGACAACCUGCUGGAGAUCUACGCCGCCCACCAGGGCACCAAGCUGGAGUCGCUGGACCUCACGGACGAGAAGAAGGUAUUAGAGUGGGCCCAGGAGAAGCGCAACUUGAGCGUUCUGCACAUCCAUGGUGUUUACACUAACCCAAGUGGAAUCGUACUACACCCUGCUGGCUACCAGAAUGUACUGAGGAAUACCGAGGUUAUGCGGGAGAUCCAGAAGCUGUACGAGACCAAGUCGUUUGUGUUCCUGGGCUGUGGGCGCACGGUGGACGACACCACCUUCCAGGCUCUGUUCCUGGAGGCGGUGAAGCACAAGUCGGACCUGGAGCACUUCAUGCUGGUGCGGCGCGAGGACGUGGGCGAGUUCAAGAAGCUCCGCGACAACAUGCUGGACAAGGGCAUCAAGGUCAUCUCCUACGGCGACGAGUACUCCGACCUGCCUGAGUACUUUGAGCGGCUGGCCAACGAGAUCUGCAGCCGCGAUGCAUCCGCCACCGCCGCCGCCGCCACGCCCUAUGGGUCUCCUUCACAAAACGGGGACGAACAACAGAAUGGCAUUAACACACAGAAAAGCCUUCUCCAAGACUAUCGUUCUUGACAGGCAAACGGUCGGGAGCUCACUCUGUCAGUUUCCCCCAGACUCCAGUAGAGAUCUGUCUACUACUCCCAGUCAAGCUCAGGUCAGAUUUCACUCGUUGGACUUAUUGAGCGCUACCAGUAACAGGUGCCACAAGAGACCUUAUUGCUGUUACUACGAUUUAAUAAAAGCCCUGUUUGGUUUCCUUUUUAUUCGCUUGUUUUUAGAAAAGGGAAGCAUCGGUAAACGGAAAUGGACAAAAAUAUAAUAAUCCUAGCAUCAAGUCUGCUAAUAGCCUAUAUCCAGCCCCAAACUAUUUAUUUUUGUAAUAUGAAUACUGCGGGGGGGGGGCAAGUGAUAUUUAGUAUGAUACUGAAACUCACUUUGAUGCAUCACCUGGUUCGUAAGACAAAAGACCAGUGGGUGGUGAUGUCCGAACCGAACUCCAAGCAGUGGAACGUGCAAAUAUGAAUACAUCUCUGAAUGAACUCCCCUCAUUGGCCUACAACACCCCUGGCUUGCAGUGAUUGGACCUCAGGUCAACUAUGUGAACCCCAGGUAGUUGAUUGUAAAGAUAGUGCAUUAUAUUUUUGAAUGUAUUAUAUUCCGCUGUUGAACUUGAACCUUUGGACACUUGACUUGGGUCUUGCUGUGUAAGGGGAAUGAGGUUGGAGUUAAUUUAUUUUUUAUUCAUUAAGUGCAUAUGAGAAUGUUCUCAAAAGGUGACCCAGAAUGCCCUACGCAGGGGGAACUUUGCUUCUCCCAUUAACACAAAUUAGUUGUAUACUUUUUCCGUGUAAGCUUUUUUGUAUUUAAUACUUGCAUGCGUUUGUGACAAUUGUUUGAUAUUUAUAAGCACACUUUUCAGAAUAAAUUCUUCAUAUCCCCAGUGUCUUUGUAUUAUUUGAUAUAUUACAUGAUCCAUAUUCCACAACAGAACAAACCUACUGUGUAAGCAUUGAUGGCAUGAAGCAACUUUAUUUAGAAAUGUUUACAUUCUCAUAAAUUACGGCAAAUCUUCUGUAUAUUUAUAGGUUUGUAUUGCACUACCACAAGUUAGAGGUGUAGAUGGUGAACACCUAAGACAGCCCCCUUGAUCUAAACUUGAAGGUAGUGUGAAUUGGAGAGGUGAGGGGAGCUUUAUUUGACCUCUUGCGCAACUGUAGUCUUUUGAACAGAACUGCAACCUAGAAAUGACAAUCAAAACACUGAAACCUCAAUCUGGAAAUUGUAAGAAAAAAAGUUGUAAUUAUGUCUUUGUGAAAUGGCAGUUAGCUUUGAAAUCCUCGGUCCUUCCCCUAGCCUAGGUUAGCGUUAUGUGUUUGAUUCAGCUCGGAUGCAUUUAGAAACUCUUAGCCAUAUCAAAGACGAACUACUACCUCAUUUUACUUCCAACAUGAAUGACUGUAUUUGCUCCGAGCAAAGCACGGAGGCUGAGUGUAUGAACGGCCGUUUCCCAGUACAACUAUAAUGGGAGAAUAUAGAUUCAAUAUUGACAUAGGUGGCCGCGGGUCGCUGCACCACCUGUUUGACUCUAAUAAACCGCUUAAACAAGUAAAAUUGCAUUUAGAUCACUUGUUCAGACUGCUCUGCUAAAAAUGUAUGGGCUCGGACUGAAGUUCGACUAGACAUGUGACAGGCACCACGGUCUCUAGACUUUCUUCUGGGACAGGCAGCUGCUGAAAUGUCACAUCCAACAAGCAUUGUGACGUAAUUUGUAAAAAGACACUGCGUAAAUAAUUUAAAGAUUACUGGAUAAACCAG